AUGGCGGCGGGCGGCGGCGGCGGCGGCGGCGGCGGCGGCGGCCCCGCGGCUCGGGAGCUGUUCGCCGAGGGGCUGCUGCAGUUCCUGCGGCCCGCCGUGCGCCAGCUCGACGGACACGUCCACGCCGUCAGGGAGAGCCAGGUGGAGCUGCGGGAGCACAUCGACAGCCUGGCCACAGAGCUCUGCCGCAUCAACGAGGACCAGAAGGUGGCGCUGGACCUCGACCCCUACGUGAAGAAGCUGCUGAACGCGCGGCGCAGGGUGGUGCUGGUCAACAACAUCCUGCAGAACGCUCAGGAGCGGCUGCGGAGGCUGAACCACAGCGUGGCCAAGGAGACCCUGCGCAGGAAGGCCCUGCUGGAGGCAGCUGGGGGCUACCCCCAGGGCCUGCCUGGCAAGUGAAGCCUGCAGGG